GUCGCGCCAACAGCCAUCAGCACAAGUGGGCCUUGCUCGCCCCUCUCAGUAGCGGUAGCCAGGUCCGUGGAAAGGCGUGCAGAGGAGGCUCACUGGGCCCCGGAGUAGAUCCAUCGUAGACCCGGAGCGGCGCACGCCAUCUCAACUGUGAGGGAACACCGGUAGGCGGCGGGAGAGGGACGCCAGGGGGAGUGAAUAAAGCUCCGCACCCGGAAGUGCCUUCUGGGAGGCGUCGCACCCGGAAGUGUGGCGAAUCUCCAGCCGUACCCGGAAGUGUGAUGUUGCGGCCCCUACGGGGAAGUAAUGGUGUCCGGCCAAUUGAGAUACUGGAUUAAAACAGGGAUGUGCAGAUGGAGGCGGGAGGAGACACUGCUGCCCCAGCCCCCGGGGGCUCAGGGGGCUUGGAGGACACGCGGUUCCCUGGAGAGGAGACUGAAGACAGUGAGGGGGUUCACGCCGGCCCGCCACAUCCCGGAGAUGGGGACCUGGAGGAAACAGGAUCCAAGGUCAAGGACCAACCACACAGCCCAUCACCACUGCCGCAUUCAGAGGGCCCGUCAAGUACCUGUACCUGUCAGCUCUGGGAUUCUGCAGUCUCUGAGAGUAGUCCCAUGGGCAGCCCUGGAGGUCAAGGCGGGGAUCCCAAUGAUGAGGACUGGCGCAGCCAGCGGAAGCAUGUGUUUGUGCUGAGUGAGGCUGGCAAGCCCAUCUACUCACGGUAUGGUAGUGUGGAGGCACUGUCAGCUACCAUGGGUGUGAUGACAGCCCUGGUGUCCUUCGUGCAGAGUGCAGGAGAUGCCAUCCGCGCCAUCUAUGCUGAGGACCACAAGCUGGUGUUCCUACAGCAGGGCCCACUGCUACUGGUGGCCGUGUCACGGACAACCCAGUCAGCAGCCCAGCUGCGAGGGGAGCUGCUAGCUGUGCACGCACAGAUUGUGAGCACGCUGACACGUGCAAGUGUUGCCCGCAUCUUUGCACACAAGCAGAACUACGACCUCCGCCGCCUGCUGGCUGGCUCUGAGCGCACACUGGACCGACUUCUGGACAGCGUGGAGCAAGAUCCCGGUGCCCUGCUCCUAGGCGCUGUGCGCUGCGUGCCCCUCGCCCGCCCGACACGGGACGCACUGGGCGCGCUGCUCCGGCGUUGCACAGCACCCGGUCUGGCACUCUCGGUGCUGGCAAUUGGUGGUCGACUGGUCACAGCGGCCCAGGAGCGGAAUGUGCUGGCUGAGUGCCGUCUGGACCCAGCUGACCUGCAGUUGCUGCUUGACUGGGUGGGUGCACCAGCCUUUGCAGCAGGUGAGGCAUGGGCACCUGUGUGCCUGCCCCGCUUCAACCCCGAUGGUUUCUUCUACGCCUAUGUGGCCCGCCUGGAUGCCAUGCCUGUAUGUCUGCUGCUGCUGGGCACCCAACGUGAAGCCUUCCAUGCCAUGGCCGCCUGCCGGCGCCUGGUUGAGGAUGGGAUGCGUGCCCUUGGUGCCAUGCGUGCCCUUGGGGAGACUGCCAGCUUCUCUAAUGCCUCAUCACCCAAUGCCCCAGCCUACAGUGUGCAGGCUGUGGGUGCACCUGGCCUCCGGCACUUCCUCUAUAAGCCCCUGGACAUCCCUGAUCACCACCGCCAGCUGCCCCAGUUCACCAGCCCUGAGCUAGAGGCCCCGUACUGCAGGGAGGAGGAGCGGCAGCGGCUGUCGAACCUGUACCACCGCCUGCACGCCCGCCUCCACAGCACCUCCCGGCCCCUGCGCCUCAUUUACCACGUGGCUGAGAAGGAGACACUGCUGGCCUGGGUGACCUCCAAAUUUGAGCUCUAUACCUGCCUGAGCCCCCUGGUGACCAAGGCAGGGGCGAUCUUGGUAGUGACCAAACUCCUGCGCUGGGUGAGGAAAGAGGAGGACCGGCUCUUCAUUCGUUACCCGCCCAAGUACUCCACGCCUCCAGCCACCUCUACGGACCAAGCUCCCCAUAAUGGCUUGUUCACUGGACUCUGAGAAACAGAGCUCCCAAAGUGGGCAGUGCUUGGAGCAACCAGCUUUGGUUUUACCUUCUGUCUUCACCCUGGAAACCCAGAUGUGGGUGUGUCUGUGGCUGGUCAUUGUCUCCCCAGGCAAUGGGGCAAGAUCUGAGGGCCUUCUGGCAACAGAGAUGGGUGGCAGCAGCCCAGUGCACCUCCACCUCUGAGGAGACCCUUAGGCUUCCUCUCCCUUCCUUCCGCCUCACCUUCUCCACUUGGUUCGUGUUCCAGCCUCUGUCACUGGCUGUCCUCUCAACCUUGCUUCAGGGGUCUGCUGCCUCAAUGGAAUCUCAGCCCGCAGUGCCCAGGGCUCUGGGGUGGCCCAAAGGGGUUGUGGAAUUGGGCAUGCAGGGGCAGCCUGGCACAGGCUUAUUUUUUAAGAUAAAACUGUACAUAGAAGGCCUACAACCGACCUUUAGGAGGCUAGUUCCUUCCUUUGCCCUUCAUGUGCACCUGUUCAUCUUUGCCCUGCCCAAAAUACCCCCAUCAGUGCUGGCAGCUGCUAUUAAGAAGGUGGCCUCAUGUCUACCUGUGUAACCCAGGGUGUACAGCACAUGACUUCUCACUGUGGCUGGGAUCCAGCCUUUUUACAGAGGGGGUGCACUCAGCUUCUAAGGCUCAUUUUACUCAUCUGUAAAACAGAUAACUAAUCCUCUCCCAUAAACUCUUUAAUGAAGAUUUGUGAACACAAUGGAACUUAACUCAUGUACCACCACACAGCACACACACAUUUGUCCCAGACUAACAACCUGCACAACGCAGCAACCUAAAGCGAGAAAGACCUCCCCACGAUGUCUUGUGUACACACAGCCCUCACUCCCUGACUGGCCCACACCCCUAGCCCUGCACUUGUUGCACUAAUUGAAGUUACAGCCUCGUAGUUGUACACGAGCGCUGUCGAUGAGGCGCGCCAGGCGUUCUGCGCUUGCCCAGAGCCGCCGUCUGACUUCAGCUGGGUCAACUGAGGGCCCGAACGCGGGCUGUACGCAUGCGCGUUGCAGGGCCUUCGACCCUCACGUGGGGUAUUUUUAGCCAAUUGUCGCGUAAGGCGGACGCGUUGGAAAAUGGCGGGGAAGUUGGAGUCUUUGCGCGGGGAGUCGCCACGAGCCGCCGAGGAGGCUGAAAGCGGUAAGGGCAAACAUUUCUCUCAGGACCGGGGCAGAAAGGCGGGAGGAUUCCUAUCAUUAGUUAUAAAACAAUAAUAGCAGUAGUUUUUUUUUUUUAAGCGAAAUUUUAAGCCCUUUGUAACGUUUAAGCUUUCCCCGAAGUGGAUAAGUAAUAUGCACAGUCUUAUCAUUUAGAUUAGGUCUUGUCAACUGUAUUGAAUAUAUUGCUUAUUUUAAAGUAAAUACUAGUUGAGUAUGCAUCUCUUAAACGAAAGGGGAGAGGGAUGUUCACAGAAUCUCCCUGCAGCGGCCAACCCAUAGGAAAACUCGCUGUGGCGCCCCGGGACCAUUUUACACCCCGCUCACAUCACACCUGGCCUGGCCUGAACUCCUUAAUCACAAACGGCCCAUCCGCAGCACAGUCAAGGAUGUUGAUUUGAAUAAGGAUGCCUCAACCCCUAAGGGGGUUGGGGAGGAUUUUGCCUAGAACUUAGCGGAAGUUGCAGUCCAGCCAAAAAAUAAACACAAAAAUCUCCCAAGGCAAUAGUCCUCUGAUAUGCCACUAGCAUUUUUUUUAUUAUAGAAAUUUUCAAAAUGUACCAAAGUCGAGAAAAUAGCAUAAUGAAAGUCCAUGUAUCCAUACCUCUCCAACAGUUGUCGACUUCCUGCCCUCUUUUUAUCUAUCUAAAUACGCUUUCUGCACACUCUUUAAACUGCCAUAUUAACAAACACUAGAUUACAUCCUGCCAUACUUACCAUACACACAUCAAGAAAGUGGUUAUUGUCUGUCCUUGGAUCUGAGCUCCGUGAGAACAGACUGUUGACCUCUGUUUUUCCAGCACCUGAUACAAUGCCUGCUCGGCAUAUGAUAAGUUCUCAGUAGUGAAAAAUGGAUACAUGAAUAAUGAAAUAACUUUAAAGCAGAGUGCUCUCUUAGAUUAGAGCCACCUGUAGAGUGUCAGCAUUCAACAAAGGACAGAUGGGAAUAAGACAGAUGUAAGUAGAUCUCAUUUUUUUAGCAUAGAGCUGCCACUGUGAUUUAAAAAAAAAAUUAGUAGCAACCUUUCAAAAUUCUUCAAAAUUGAUAAUAUGAUUAAUGUCACCAGCAAGGAAGAAAUUUGAAAAAUGUAUCAAGUCACUUUCUAACCCAUCAAAUUGGCUUUAUAAAGGAAGGGAUAAUAUCUAAUAUUGAUGAAACAGGGAGAACUGACCAGUAAAGGUCAGUUGCUAGAAGCAGUUUGGCAAGGUAUUUUUUGCAUCUGAAAUUCCAUUCUACAUCUGUGGUCACUGGGCAAGGUAGUCAUAAGGGAUGCAUGCAGCACUAGGAAUGGCCUUCAGAAUGUUGAUAGAGACACCACCAGGAACAAUCACAGAAGUAGCUAUAUCUAGGUAUAGUCAUACAUACUAUGGAAUAUCUAUAUGAUGGCUUUUUUUAAGAGGCAAAAAGAAAAUAAUUUAAAUUCCAAUUUAAUUUGAAUUAUUUAAAAUUAAAUUGUCAGUGGAUAAGAUCAUUAUUCAUUGAUAGAGAGUAAGCUCCAAAGAGAUCAUAUUUUGAUUAGAGAAAAGCCAUUUGGAAUCUAAGCAAUAAAGAAAGGGGGUAUAGCCCUAAGUGAGUGAAUUGCACAGAAGACUUGUCUGAAGACCUAGGCCUAAGUGAUAACUCUGGACAAGGGACUUGGAUUAGGGGGUGGUGCAGAGUUGCAAGUAUUUUUGUGGAUUUUUUUUUUUUUAAGAAAAAUGUAAGUAUUAAUAGUACUGUAUACUUUAAAAAUAUAAGGGAAAAAGAGGAAAAAUUUGGCGUCUGAGGAUCCUGUAUUAAUGUUUGAUCACUAUUAACAUCCGGGUUUUGAUGGUUAUUCUGUGGUUACCUGGUAGAGUCCCUCUGCAUCUAGGAAUAUUAAGGAGUAGUGGGCCAAGAUGUCUACAACUUAUGGUUCAGAACCACUCAUAAGUGGGGAGUCUGAUAGAAGAACAAACGGGAGCAUUGUGACCUAUUUCUACAACUUUGUACAUCUGAAAUUAUUUCCAAAUAAAAUGUUUAAAAGGGU